GAAGCAGUUCUUCCGGGAUUUGCCAAAAAGCCACCACAACACCAAAAUAGUUAUCUCUCUCUUCACUUGACAUCACAAAACAAGAGAAGAGAAAGAGGUAUGGAUAGUUAUUUUGGAGAGCCAAACAUGGGAAAUGAAAGAGUAAGUGGUUCUUCUUCAAGAAAAGGGAAGAAGAACAAUCAAGACAAGCCAAAGCAACCCCAAAGAGGAUUAGGUGUUGCUCAAUUGGAGAAAAUCAGAUUACAUGGUCAAAUGGCUUGUAGUGGCUAUCAUCCUCCUCUGCACUCUCCUUACCCAUCUAACUUCAACAAUGAAGAUCCAAGGGUGCAAACACCCUAUUCAUCAGUACCAUCAUCAUCAUCAUCAUCUUUUUCUUACUCAUCUUCAUCUACAUCAUAUUCAGCCUCAUAUGGCUUCCAACCCAACAUUGUGAUGUCCCUACCCGAAUAUGAAAGAACAAACAUUAGAUAUGGAGAUUCUCAGCCAACUAAUACUGCAAGAUGGGAACAUGCCAAUUCCACUGCUCAUACUAGACCUUUACUUAACCUAUAUGACUCACAACACAUAGAUACCAAGAUGCAUAGAAGUGGUUCAGCGGGCGCAAGCAGUCAGAACUCUGAAUCAAGUGACACUCAAGAACCAGAUUUGGAGCUAAGAUUAUCUCUUUGAUCUGCCACUAGAAAGAGUGGCAAUUCUAGUAAUUGUAAUGCUUUUAUUUACAAUUAUGAAUUGCAAAAGCACAUGAACAAGCCAAUGUGUUUGUUUUAAAGUUUCUUCAGCAGAUCAUACUCUUGUAUCAUGGAAGAUAGAUUGACUCCUCUUUGCAUAAAAGCAAUGUGCAAGCUUCUCUUUUAUUAACGUAAAUCAUCAAAGAAGCUAAAGAGAUGUUAUUGAUAUAUAUGAUCUCUAACUCUUAUAAACAUUUUUGAAGACUUUUCUACUUUAAAAAAAAAGUUCAAAAAAGUCUUCUAAACUUAUAUUCAAAUAUGUCUUUAAUUUUAUUAGGUUUCUAUUAGUUAAUAUAUAUGCAGAAUCUUUCAUGAAUUCAAUAAUCUUCUUCUUUGAUAUGCUAAGAGGCAAAGUUCCAUUUAUGUGACAAAUGGUACC